ACACUGGUGCCUGCCAUGUUCCUGUGGGCUGGGGCAGCAGACAGAGCCCUCCGCACAGCUGCAAAACAUCGCUGCCCGCUGCCUCUGCCUGUGCUGCCCACCAGGCGCUGCUCCCUUAGCCAGGGCAAGCCCCGGCCGCCCGUGCCCCGCUGCCGACACUGCGCCGUGGGGCUGCUCCGCCAGCUCCGGGCCCUGGGCCAGCUGCAGAGCCCUUGGCAGACCUCUCCACUCUCCCUGUUUAACGAAGCCCCUUGUCUAAUUAGGGCAGGCCGCCCUGCCUUCAUUAAGCGAGAGCUCUGGCGGGAGGAGGGUCUGGGGACAGUCCUGACCUGGGGAUACUGGACCCAUGGCCAGACCUGCAUUGCCAGGGAAGAUGCUCCCGGACCUGCCCGCUGUGCCGCCAGGAACCGCACAGGAGCCCCAGGCUGGACAGCCAGGAGGGCACAGGCUCCCACGAUGAGCAGCCAACUCCUGCUCCUCGCCGUGCUCCCCACGCUCCUGGGGCCCCCAGCCGCUGCGGCGCAGAAGAGGAGUCAAGGGGUGUGUGAGGAUGUGCUGGAGGCCGACAUAGUCUUCCUGGUGGACGGAUCAUCCAGCAUUGGCAGGAACAACUUCCGCGCCAUCCGCACCUUCAUGGACGACCUGGUGGGGCCCUUCGUGCAGGUGGUGGGCGAGAAGGCGGUGCGCUUCGCUGUGGUGCAGUACAGCGACGAGCCACGGGUGGAGUUCCCCUUCUCCCAGCACACUGACGGCAUGAGCGUCCGACGGGCCAUCCAGCAGCUGAGCUACAAAGGUGGCAACACACGGACUGGCGCCGGCUUCCGCUACGUCGCUGACAACUUCUUUCGCCCCACGCAGCUUCGACCUGGAGUCCCUCAGAUCUGCAUCCUCAUCACGGAUGGCAAGUCCCAGGAUGAUGCUGAGGGGCCGGCAGCAAAGCUGAAGAACCAGGGCGUCAAGGUCUUUGCCGUGGGGGUCAAGAACGCUGACCACAAGGAGCUGGUGCGCGUGGCCUCAACGCCCACCGAUGCCUUCUUCUUCUAUGUUGGUGACUUCAAGCUGCUGGGGACACUGGUGCCACUGAUGACACGCAGGGUGUGCACGAGUGUCGGGGGAACUCUGCGCCUCCCGGAUGGCCUGAGCCAUGCUGGCCCCUCCAACCUGGAGAUCCUGGAGCGGGGCCUCGACCAGCUGCGGAUCCGCUGGGCAGCGGCCAGUGGCCCCGUCACCGGCUACCGGGUGCAGCACGUGCCCCUGACAGGGCUGGGGCAGCCGGUUGUGGCAGAGAGGCAGGAGGUGAGCCUGGGGCCACGGGAGACAAGUGCCGUGCUGCGGGGGCUGCGCGCAGGGACGGAGUACAUGGUCACUGUCACCGCCCAGUAUGCCAACAGCAUCGGCGAGUCGGUGUCCAGCCGAGCGCGCACCCAGAGCCGUACAGGCUCCGUGCUGGAUUUCCGUGUGGUGGAGACUGGACCAACCUUUCUGCGUCUGGCCUGGCAGCCCGGCCCCGAGCCCCUGCAGGGCUACAGCCUCAGCUACGCCGUACAAGGAGCAGCCCAGGAGGAGGAGAAGAGCCUGGGGGCCAGCACACAGUCAGCCACGCUCACCAACCUGCGCCCCGACACCGAAUACGUGGUGACGCUCCGACCCCGCCACGCGCAGCCACCCGCUGUCCCUGCCGUCCCUGCCACCCUCACCGCCCGGACACGGCGUCCGGCGGGCGUGCAGCACUUGGCUGUCCACAACGUCUCGGCGCAGAGCUUGCUGCUGGCCUGGCAGCCCGUCAGCGGUGCCACCGGCUACCGGCUCUCCUGGGCCACCCUCACAGGGCAGGACAGGCACAGGGUGGACCUGGAUGCCAGGCGGACAUCACAUGCGCUGGGGGGGCUGCAGCCCAGCACCGACUACGUGGUGACAGUGGCCCCGCUCUUCGGGCAGCUGGAGGGGCCCACGGCCACCGUGAGGCAGAGGACAGAGGCGAGUGCAGAGCAGAUGCUGCGAACCAAUAUCCUGGGCCCAACGUCCAUCCAGGUGCUCUGGACCAGUGCCCAUGAUGCCCGCGGCUACCGUCUGGAGUGGAAGAGAGCCACAGGACCAGAGCCCCCCAGGACAGUGUCGCUCCCCAGCAGCACCAACACCUACCAGCUGAUGGGGCUGCAGCCGGGCACCGAGUACCGCAUCACCCUCUACACGAUCUACGAUGGUGGUGAGGUGGCCACUCCUGUCACCACCUUCCAGACAGGUGUGGAGGUGCCUGUGGGUCCUGUGUCAGACCUGCGGCUCACGGAGGAGUCGGGCAGGCGCGUGCGGCUGGGCUGGACCGGUGUUCCCGGUGCCACCGAGUACAAAGUCGUGGUGCGCAACACCCAGGACGGCACAGAGAGGACGAGGCGCAUCCCGGGCAGCCAGACGGGGCUGGAGCUGGGUGACCUCCGGGAGGGUGUCACCUACCUGGUGCGUGUCUCGGCGCUGGCAGGCGGCCGGGAGGGCAGUGCUGCCACAGUCACCAUCCGCCUCAAGUACCCAGCGGUGGGCAGCAUCUCAGAGCUGCGAGUGACGGAGGCCGGUCCCAGCCAGCUGCGGGUCACCUGGCGAGGGCUGCCGGGCGUCGGGGGCUACCGGCUGACGUGGAGAGGCAGUGACGGUCUGGAGCAAUCCCGCGUUGUCCCCGCUGACCCCACUGCCUUCACCAUUGAGGGGCUGCGUGCUGGUGUCUACACCGUCGCUGUCUCAGCCAUUGUGGAUGGCCAUGAGGGCAGCCCCGUCACCGCUACAGCACGGAUAGUGCCUGAGCAGGUGGGGACAGUGUCCCAGCUGGAGGUGCAGGCGUCCAGGAGCAAUGUCGCCCGUGUCACCUGGGUCGGUGUGCCAGGAGCCACUGCCUACCGCGUGGUGUGGAGCCGCAGGGACGGGGGCCCGGAGAGCAGCCGGCGGGUUCCUGGCCACACCAGCUCCUUUGACAUUCCCGACCUGGAGGGUGGUGUCACCUACACCGUGAAGGUGACAGCACUCAUUGGCAACCGGGAGGGCAACCCCGUAUCCAUCGUCGUCACCACCCCGGAGGUAGCCCCAGCGUCCCCUGUCAGUGGCUUCCAGGUGACAGAGGCCUCGGAGCAUCGCCUGCUCCUGGCCUGGGUGCCGGUGGCCGGCAGCACUGGGUACCGCCUGCUCUGGCGCCUGGCUGAGGGGGGGCCCGUGCGCAGCCAGCAGCUCUCAGCCACCACCAGCUCCUACAACCUGGGAGGGCUGGAGCCCGGCCAGCGCUACCACAUCAGCAUCACCAGCCUGGCCGGUGGCCGGGAGAGUGAGCCAGCCACUGUCACCGCUGUCACUGCUGCCCCUGGCCCCGUCACCAGCCUGCAGGUGACAGAUGUGCAGAGAGACUCGGUGACCCUCACCUGGACCCCCAUUCCUGGUGCCUCCAGCUAUGUCCUCUCCUGGACCCCCCCAGCAGCUGGUGGGGAGACGGGCCGGACGCUGCCCGGCACUGCCAGCUCCCAGCAGGUCACCGGGCUGCGCCUGGGCCAGCGCUACACCUUCACACUGCGCCCGCUCCUGGGGACCACGCCAGGUGCCGAGACCUCCGUCAGCGAGCGCACGGUCUGCAGGGACGCCCGCGGUGACAUUGUCUUCCUGGUGCAUGGCACCCGUGACAGCUCCCCCAGUGCCGAUGCCACCCGCACCCUCCUCUCCAACACCGUGUCUGCCUUGGGGCGCCUGGGCCCCGAGGGCACCCAGGUGGCUCUGGCCACGUACAGCUACCGCAGCCUGCCCUGGCUGCUCCUCAACCGCUCCAGUGACCUGCCCACCGUGCUCGAGCGGAUCCGCACCAUGCGCUACGAGGAGCCCAGCGGCAACGCCAUCGGUGCUGCCAUCACCUUCACCAGGACCUACCUGCUGAGUCCAGGCGCAGGGCGCCGGCCCAGUGUGCCGGCUGUGCUGGUGGUCCUGGCCGACGGCCCCUCCGGGGAUGAUGCCAUUGCGGCGGCCAGGGACAUCAAGGCUGGGGGGGUCCGGGUGCUGGCGGUGGGUUUGGAGGGGGCGGACCGGGAGCAGCUCCGGCGCAUGGUGACUGGCGAGGACCCGCGGUUCAUCUAUGGCGGUGGCAGUGCUGAGGGAGAGCUCACCGAUGAUCUCUGCACCAUCAUCUCCACCCGGCCGGAGCUGGAGCCGAAGCCGAAGCCCUGCACUGUGCAGUGCCCCAAGGGUGAGAAGGGGGACCGUGGCGAGGUGGGACCACCAGGACGUGCGGGGCAGCCAGGUCCCCCCGGUGAGCCGGGCCGCCAUGGGCUACCUGGCCCCCCAGGACCUGCGGGGCCACGGGGGCUGCCAGGAGAAAGCGUUGGGCAGCUGGGAAAGAAGGGGGACAGGGGAUUUCCCGGAGCCGAUGGGACACCAGGAAGCCCCGGACGCCCUGGGAACCCCGGAUCCCCUGGCCAGCCAGGCACCCAGGGUACCCCUGGUCCCCGAGGUGAUCCUGGGCCACGGGGGCCGACGGGGCUUUCUGGCCCAAAGGGGGAGAAGGGCGAGCCGGGAGAGCCCAGGGUGAUUGUGGAUGGAGGACAGGGGCUGCCGGGUCGGAAAGGGGAGCCAGGCGUGCCGGGUAGCCCUGGCCCCCCUGGCAGCUCCGGCCCACGGGGACCCUUUGGUGAUCCAGGGCCCCCUGGUCCACUGGGACCUAUGGGGCCACCAGGACCUCCAGGAGAGUUUGUGAAGGGGGAGAAGGGUGACCGAGGUGAGAGGGGCCCCCCCGGACUUGUGGAUGGGGCAGCACCUCGAGGGGACCCCGGCCCCCCGGGUCUGCCUGGGGACCCCGGGCCCCGAGGACCUGCUGGACCCCCUGGCCUGAAGGGAGACAAGGGCGACAGUGAAGAAGGUUUCCCAGGGCCACCUGGCCGCCCAGGGGACCCAGGAGACCGGGGCCCUCGGGGACCACCGGGCGAGCAGGGCAGGAAGGGGGACCGUGGGGCUCCAGGCGAGCUGGGAGAGACAGGCGAGAAGGGUGACCGUGGCGUGCCAGGCCCCGAGGGCGAGAAGGGUGAAGUGGGAGCCCCGGGGCGGCCAGGGCCAUCGGGCAGAGAGGGAGCUCCGGGACCAGCCGGCCCCCGGGGGGAGAAGGGCGAUCCAGGACCACCCGGCAAGCCGGCUCCCAGUGUGGCUGGUAUUGGAGGAGAGAAGGGUGACAGAGGCUUCCCAGGACCAGAAGGACCUCCUGGCCCCAAGGGCGAUGCGGGAGAUCCAGGUGCCCGUGGUCCCCCUGGUCUGAGCAUCCCAGGGCCACCUGGCCCCAAAGGCGAGCAGGGUGACCGGGGUAUUGUUGGCCUCACGGGCAGGAGCGGUCCAAAGGGUGACCCAGGGGAGCCAGGGGAGAAGGGUGAGCCGGGGCGACCAGGCACCCCGGGGCUGAUUGGGCUGCGUGGCAAGGAGGGAGAGCGUGGAGAGAAGGGUGAUGAAGGCACCCCGGGUGAAGCGGGUCUGCCUGGCAAACCUGGAGACAGGGGCCCCCGGGGCCUCCCUGGCUACCGCGGCCCCCCCGGGGAGAAGGGUGACCCAGGAGAUCCAGGUCCUGAAGGCAGGAAUGGCAGCCCUGGAGUGCCAGGGAGCAAGGGUGACCGCGGGGAGCCGGGUCUUCCCGGACCCCCAGGACGAACUGUUGACGUGGGGCUUGGAGGAGCCGGGGAGAAGGGGGAGAAGGGGGACCCUGGGGACCCUGGCAAGGAUGGUGCAAAGGGCGCCCGGGGUGACACUGGCUCCCCUGGGCUGCCUGGAGAGAGGGGUGUGGAGGGUCCCCGUGGCCCCCCCGGCGCACGGGGUGACCCCGGGGACCGAGGCCUGCCAGGAGAGAAGGGGGACCGCGGCCCCCCGGGGCUGGAUGGCCGCAAUGGGCUGGAAGGCAAACCCGGGCCCCCGGGCACCCCUGGACUGCGGGGGGAUCCGGGGAAGCAGGGGGACCCUGGUCGGGAUGGUCUGCCCGGGCUGCGUGGAGACCAGGGACCGCCUGGCCCCGUGGGUCCCCUGGGACCACCUGGUGUCCCCGGCAAACCCGGUGAUGAUGGCAAACCUGGCCCCAGCGGCAAGAACGGAGAAGAUGGGACACCAGGAGAGGAUGGGAGAAAGGGAGACAAAGGUGACACAGGCCCCCCCGGCAGAGAGGGGCCCAGUGGUGCCAAGGGCGAGCAGGGGGACAGAGGUGUGCAAGGCCCCCCUGGACUCCCCGGUGUCCCAGGACAGGUUGGCCCCCCAGGGCAGGGCUCGCCAGGCCUCCGUGGGGUGGCUGGACCGAAGGGGGACCCGGGGGAGCCUGGACUGCGAGGGGAGCCGGGGAGACCUGGCAACCCUGGAGCACGUGGAGACCCUGGGAGUGCUGUGAACAUUGAACGCAGCCUGGAAGCGCUUGGCAUCAAGAUUUCGUCCCUGAAGGAGCUCACAGGUGCCUAUGAUGGGAGCUCAGACUCGUUCCUGCCGGUGUCCGAGCGGCUGCGUGGCCCCAAGGGCAGCCGGGGCGAGCCAGGAGAGAGGGGGCCCCCAGGCCGAGAGGGCUCCUUAGGCUUCCCUGGUGAGCGAGGACCCAAAGGUGACAAGGGGGACCCGGGUGCCCCCGGCCCCCAGGGCCCCACGGGCCGUGCUGUGGGCGAGCGGGGUCCCGAGGGGCCGGCCGGGCAGCCGGGGGAGCCUGGCAAGCCGGGUAUCCCCGGAGUGCCGGGCCGGGCCGGGGAGCUGGGGGAGGCUGGGCGGCCUGGCGAGAAGGGCGACCGGGGUGAGAAGGGCGAUCGGGGCGAUCAGGGCAGAGAUGGCUUGCCCGGCCCCCCGGGACCACCGGGGCCCAAGGCAGAUGCGGCGGAGGGCAGCCUGAUGGGCUUCCCGGGUGAGCGCGGCCCCGCUGGACCCAAGGGACUGAAGGGCGAGCCAGGAGCUGAGGGCGAGCGGGGACCCAAAGGCGAUAAGGGUGAGGGUGGCCCACGGGGCGAGCGAGGGGAGCCUGGCGAGAAGGGCAGGGACGGUGCCCCGGGCCUCCCGGGUGAGAGGGGGCUGGCCGGCCCCGAGGGGAAGCCGGGCUUGCCAGGCUUCCCCGGUGUGCUGGGACGCCCGGGCAACCAGGGAGAGCCGGGACCCCCAGGACCUCCGGGCAGCCCUGGCCCACCAGGGACCCAGGGCCCAGCUGGGACCAAGGGCGAUCCAGGGGAACCUGGCUCAGGCAUCCGGGGCUUGCCUGGUCCCCAGGGCAGCAUAGGGCUGCCUGGCCCCCCUGGCCCCUCUGGCCCAGGGGGCCCACCGGGUGUCCCUGGGCUGCCAGGACAAGUGGGAGAGAGCGGGAAGCCAGGGGUGCCGGGCAGGGACGGCGUGCCAGGGAAGGACGGUGAGGCUGGGAUGCCGGGGAAGAUGGGUUUACCGGGACCAUCAGGUCCUGCUGGUCCCAAGGGAGAGCGAGGGGAUGCCGGAGCCCCAGGGCAGGGCAUCGCUGGCCCUCCCGGUGCCAAAGGGGAGAAGGGCGAGCCGGCACUGCUGGAGGGUGUGCUGCUGGGAGAGCCCGGCUCCAAGGGUGACCGGGGCUUGCCCGGCCCCAAGGGCGAGAAGGGGGAACUAGGAGGAUUCGGGGAGCCAGGAGAUCCUGGGGAAGAUGGAGCCAAGGGGUCGCCCGGAGCCAAAGGGGAGAAGGGGUCACCAGGUGUCGGUGCGCGGGGACCACCAGGACAGGAUGGGCCUCCAGGCUUGAAGGGUGACAUUGGCUUGCCAGGGCCACCAGGACCCCCAGGCUUAGCAGGCAUCGCUGGGACACCAGGACAGCCUGGCCUGAGAGGGGACAAUGGCCAGCCUGGCUCACCGGGUCCCCCAGGAGAGAGGGGUUUGCUCGGCUUUCCUGGGAGAGAUGGCACCCCUGGACCACUGGGACCUGCGGGGCCCCCAGGGCCGGCCGGUGUACAAGGCGCCCCUGGCCUGAAGGGUGACAAGGGUGCGCCGGGGGCCGGGCUGCCGGGAGCCAGAGGCGAGCGUGGAGACCCAGGGCCACGGGGUGAAGAUGGGCGCCCGGGGCCAGAAGGGGAUCGUGGCCCGGCGGGCUUGCCUGGGAACCGGGGGGAGCGUGGGGACAAGGGAGACGUUGGGGCCCCAGGACCCAAAGGAGACAAGGGCGAUACUGUGGUGGCGGAGGGGCCUGCCGGAGCGCGGGGCAGCAAAGGAGAGCCAGGAGAGCGUGGCCUGAAGGGCAUGGAAGGGGACAAGGGGGACAAGGGGGAGCAAGGCAUGCCUGGAGAGAAGGGGGCAAGGGGCGAGCAAGGUGAGAAGGGCUCCAUGGGCUUCCCCGGGGCACGUGGCCCUGGUGGGCAGAAGGGAGAGGUGGGAGCAUCAGGAGAGCCUGGUGAGCCGGGCCAGCCUGGUCGCGACGGGAUCCCUGGAGUCCGGGGGGAGAAGGGGGACAUGGGACCCCUGGGCAUGCGUGGCCCUAAGGGUGACCGGGGCAUGAAAGGCGCCUGUGGCCUCGAUGGGGACAAGGGUGAGAAGGGAGAGCCAGGGAUCCCAGGGCGCUCAGGACUGCCGGGGAGGAAAGGCGAGCCGGGAGAGCUGGGGCUGUCAGGACCACCGGGCAUCCCCGGGAAGGAGGGACUCAUGGGCCCCAAGGGUGACCGGGGAUUCGACGGGCAGCUUGGAGCCAAAGGAGACCAGGGGGAGAAAGGAGAGCGGGGCGCUCCUGGCAUUAUCGGUGGCCCGGGUCCCCGGGGCAGUGACGGUGCUCCUGGCCCCCCUGGGCCCCCAGGGAAUGUUGGUCCUCGGGGUCCCGAGGGCAUGCAGGGCCAAAAGGGGGAGAGAGGCCCCCCUGGACAGUCGGUGCCGGGGGCCCGUGGUGUGCCCGGCAUCCCUGGCGAGAGAGGAGAACAGGGCAGUCCUGGCACCCAGGGAAUCCGUGGGGAGAAAGGGGAGCCAGGCAUGACGGAGGAGGAGAUCCGCGCCUUUGUCAGACAGGAGAUGAACCAGCACUGUGCCUGUGGUGGCCAAUUCCCACGGCGUCUGGAUUCACGUGAGCACUCAGGAGGCUGGGGGGCUCAGGCCAGGAGCAGCUUCCAUUCUGCCCAGGGAGGAGGAAGAAGCGUCCGCCAGGAGAGGGAGCAUCAAACAGGGCGCUUUGCCACCCAGCCAUUCCCCGCUGGCAGUGCUCACACAGUCCCAGUGCUCAAGUUGUCACACGCUGAGGAAGAGGAGGGGCAGGACAGACGGGUCACGCUUGACACGGAUGACUUGGAGUAUGAGAGCAUGUACACCGAAGAGGAGGAGGACGACUACAAUGAUGUCCUGGAGAUGGACAGCUCAGAGCAUCCCAGGAUGGCUGCCGAGCCCUGCAGCCUGCCGCUGGAUGAGGGGAGCUGCCAGCGCUACACGCUGCGCUGGUACUACAACCAAAGAGUCACCCAGUGCCGACCCUUUGUCUACAGCGGCUGCGGGGGAAACCUCAACCGCUUCGACAGCAAGGAGGAGUGCGAGCUGCGCUGCGGGCAGCGCCCAGCGCCAGAUGCCCGCGGCGUAGCCGGCAGCGAGGUGGGCGGGCAGCCAGAGGUGUAGGCGCAGGCAGCGUCUCGGCAGGCAGGGCUGCCCGGCGGUGGAGCGCGGCUGCCGCCGUGGCCGGCCCAUGGCAGGGUGGGGAGGGCCACGUGCUCGCCAGCCCCCAGCAGGAACCUGGUGCUAUUUCUAACGUGUUUUUAUGCUGCUCAUGGGGUUUUCCUUUCAUUUCAGUUGUAUCACCCAUUAAGGUGAAAUUUAUAUCAAAUGGGAAUCCACACCCCCUCCAAGGCUCUUAACCCCUUUUCCCACCCAAAGGUUUCCUGGGCUGUUCUCAGUUUGAUUUUUAACUUAUUUGCUGCCAACGGGAUGGUGCUUGACCCCAUGCCCCCUCUCCAGGUGUCCAGGAGCGAAGCUGGGACUUGGCAUGAUUGGGCUCCCCUUCCCUCAUCUAACACCCUUGUCCCCUGCCCUGCCUCCAGGUCCCCAAAAACCCACCUUGCUCCCCGCUGUCUGCUGGGGGUGGCUUCCCACGUCCCUGAGCAACCUGAGCUAGUGAAGAUGUCCCUGCUCAUGGCAGGGGUGGCACUGGAUGAGCUUUGAAGGUCCCUUCAACCCAAACUGCUCUAUGAUUCUAUGACCCUUGGGCAGGCACUGCCUCCCUGCAUCCCUCACUGCCCCCCCCGCAACCAGAUCCAGCUGAAUAAAUUUCACCUUAACCUCAACCGGGACCUGGUUCCCCUUUUGCGGUUGCAAUGGUUUGGCAAAGACCUGUGAGCGGUGGUGGGGAUGGAGGAUUUCUGCAUUUGUUACCUCCAGCCCACUUGCCUGUCUUUAAUCUGGGGGGGCUCACCUGCACCUCCCAGCCCAUCAGGGAAACCCUGCGGAUGGUGCUAUGUUAGAGGAGGUUCCUGCUCACCUACAUUCACUCUCAAAGGCUUUGUGAAAGCGAUGUUUGCUCCUGGGGGGCUACACUGUCCCUGCUGUACCCCAGCCCCAGUGGAGAUGUGUCCCCCCCACACUGCCUUGGGGGUCCACAGGCUGCCGGGCGGGUUUUGUGGCACCCAUAUGUGCCACCGCUCUCUGUGUAUAUCUGUAUACAGUGAAUGUAUAUGUGUUCCCAUGUGGAGGAGGCUGUGACAUUAAAGCUGCGCUCAUGGGGA